AUGAAUACUCGCGGCUGGCAUUCCGGUGCAAUCGAUUGCAUUGCUCUCACUGAUGUUGACGUGAAAAUCUCAGGCGUUGAAUUAAUUGUGCUUGAUGUGCCAGAAGCGCCUACAAUAACGGAGAUCGAUUGCAAUGAGCGCAGAGCAAUGCUAAGGUGGCGACGUCCCGAUGACCACGGCGAUCAGAUUAAGCAAUUCCUCAUUCAGAUGCACACAGAAUUUGAAGAGGGAUUGUGGCAAACUGCGGUGGAAGAAGAGAACACUGCUGCGGACUUUUAUCAGGCCGAUGUUACACUAUCACCCUGGGUGAGGAAUUCGAUUUCAUCGAAACGCAAGAGCGAGGAAAAUGUGAAUUAUACAUUUCGAGUAAUAGCCCGCAAUUCGCACGGAGAGAGCGAGCCAGGAUACAAGGAAGGAGUUAUUUGCUCAACGAAACCAUCAUAUCCAUACACAAAUCCAAAAGGUGUGAGAGCAGAAGGAAGUGAGCCAAACAAUAUGAUCAUUGAGUGGAAGCCUAUGGACAAAUACGAUUGGAAUGGUCCGGGACUGCGCUACAUUGUUCGAUAUAGGCUGAAUGAACCUGGAGCCAAUCACACAGUUGUUCGAGAGCAACCAACGUUUCGGGAAUAUCUUGUCCAAGUAGAAGCACUAAAUAAUUUUGGCCGCGCAGUUGUGAAGCCAGCAAGUGUUAAAGGAUUCUCAGGAGAAGACGGUGAUGAAUAUCGAAUUUUAUGCAAGUAA